GUUGUGGGUGGGACCAGGUGGGAACGGCUCUCCCGUGGGCUUUUAGCCCCGCCCCUAUCCCGUUCCCUGCCCUGUUGCUGUUGCGCUGCUGCUGGCUGCUACCCCUGGACCCCCACCAUGGAACAGACAAUAGAAGAUCCCCCCACAUCAGCUGUCUUGCUGGAUCACUGUCAUUUCUCUCAGGUCAUCUUUAACAGUGUGGAAAAGUUCUACGUCCCUGGAGGGGACAUCACAUGCUAUUACACCCUUACCCAGCAUUUCAUCCCCCGUCGAAAGGAUUGGAUUGGCAUCUUCAGGGUGGGAUGGAAGACAACCCGUGAGUAUUACACCUUCAUGUGGAUUACUUUGCCCGUUGACCUAAACAACAUAUCAGCCAAACAGGAAGUCCAGUUCAAAGCUUAUUACCUGCCCAAGGAUGAUGAGUAUUACCAGUUCUGCUAUGUGGAUCAGGAUGGUGUGGUCCGGGGAGCAAGUAUCCCUUUCCAGUUCCGUCCAGAAAAUGAGGAGGACCUCCUGGUUGUUACCACUCAGGGAGAGGUGGAAGAGAUUGAGCAGCAAAACAAAGAGCUUUGCAAAGAAAACCAGGAGCUGAAGGACAGCUGUGUCAGCCUGCAGAAGCAGAACUCAGACAUGCAGGCUGAGCUUCAGAGGAAACAGGAGGAGCUAGAAACACUCCAGAGCAUCAAUAAGAAGUUGGAACAGAAAGUGCAAGAGCAGAAGGACUAUUGGGAGACAGAGCUGCUUCACCUGAAAGAGCAAAACCAGAAGGUAUCCUCAGAAAACGAGAAGAUGGGAAUAACAGUGGAUCAGCUUCAGGCACAGCUAUCAACUCAAGAGAAAGAAAUGGAGAAGCUUGUUCAGGGAGCUCAAGAUAAGACAGAGCAGUUAGAGCAUCUGAAAAAGGAAAAUGGCCAGCUCUUCCUCAGUUUAACUGAACAGAGGGAGCACCAGAAGAAGCUGGAGCAGACAGUGGAGGAGAUGAAGCACAAAGAAAGUGCUGCAGCGAAGAAGCAACAGGAGUUAACGGAGCCUAAGAACCAGAAAACAGCAGUGGAGGAGCAGUUAGUGCAAGAGGUGGAACGCCUAAAGGCAAAGGUAGAGGCCGGGAAAGCCUGUUUCUUAGAGAAGUACAAAGAAUGUCACCGACUUCACAAACAGAUCAGGCAACUCAGGGUUGCUGCAAUGGUAGGUGCCAGAGAUAAGGGGCCCAGGAGAAAAAGGGGUGUGAAGGUCAGUGCUGGGGGACCCUUUCCUUCAGUACAACUUUUUCCUUUUUCUCUGCUGCCAAACGGAGUAGAAGUGGUGGUCUAUACCAGUGCUGGACCCAUGUUUUUGAAGAAGGAGAACCACAGAUUGCUCAAUUACAUGGGUCUGGAUUAUGACUCUUUGCCCUAUCAAGUGCCUACUUCAGACCAGGAAGGUGCAGAACAAAAUCCAGGACUUGUCUAUGGGAACCCGUAUUCUGGUAUCCAGGAAAGUUCUUCCCCCAGCCUGCUCUCCAUCAAGAAAUGCCCCAUCUGCGAAUCAGACUUUGCUGAUGGCUUCUGUGAUCACAUCUUGGAACAGCAGUGGAUACAGACCCUUUGUUUGAAAUGUCCGAUUUGUAACAAGGUCUUCCCAGAAAGAGAGAAGCAGAUCUUUGAAGACCAUGUGUUCUGCCACUCCCUAUAAGUGUCCCAGCCUCUUGGGUCUAUGCUGUACAUAGAUUUUAUAGAGUAGAACCUGUAGCUUUUACUAUGAGUUAUGUGAGUCAAAAUCCUGAAAUUAUUUCCUCUGUGCUGCUGCCCCUAAAGGUAGAGUCGUGUUGAUCAUCUGAAGGAUAGUGUUAUGGGCUACUACUUCCAUCCUUGUGGGUUACUACCUUUAAGUCACGUAACUCUACAUGUACCAUCCUCUCACCUAUAGUGCCCAUUCUUCAAAGAGUCUCUAGCACAAGGGUGCUGGGAUGGAAUGGCGUGGGUAUUCACAACAGGCCUGACUUGGUACUGAGUGAUUAGUUUUGUAAGUUGUCCUACUGCCUUUCAAGGUCAGGUCUUGAGAGUAUUUGUAUUCAGUCCUCAGUCCUAACUCUGGGGCUGGAGAUGAUCACAGGUUGAGAAUUCCUUACUUUUCCUUGGGCCCCUUUCUCCAGUUGAUUGUAUUAGACUAGCCAAAAAUAGCAUAGCAAAGAACUUGGACAUCCAAUCUGGAUACCAAUGUUUUCUCAUUUUAAUUUUUCAGCUCCCAAAAGAAGCAUCUUCUUCCUCAACCAUCGACAGAAAUAUUUCAAUCACAGAAAGCCUCUGUCUCUCAUUGGCAUUUUCAACUCUUUGAUCUUUCCUAUGCAUGUUAUUUUUAUUGUCACAAGUCCUUUUUUAAUGGUUUAAGUAGAGAUUGUUAGAAGCUCUA